ACCACUGCAUCGAAUUCAACCACAACUACGACGACGACUUCAGCUGGAGCACUAAGACGUCAACCUCGAUGGAAAGAAUGUGCUUCCUUCCUCUUCGGUGAGGUGGCGUUUUCCGCAUACGAGGAAGUUAUCAGGGUUAGAGAUUUCCACCAUCGCUCUCUCGUUAUUCUUGGAGCUCAUGGAGUUGGUCGAAGGGCAUUGCGAAAGGCACUAGUUCGAUCCCGACCUGAUCUUUUUGCACCAGUCAUUCCACGCAAGCCUAAUAGUGCUCCUCUUUCAAAUGAAGAUACGACACGUAAGCCGGAGUCGCAUGAACGCAACGGGGAGCACUACUACUUUGUACAAGAGGAGGAAAUGGCUGCUGAUAUAGUGAAUAGGGAGUUCCUUGAAUAUGGCCAACGAAAAAAUAUUCUUUAUGGAAUCCGUCUGGAUAGUAUUCGAUCUGUGAUGACCACUGGCCGCUUGCCAGUCCUUGAUGUUGAGCCACGUGCUCUUCGGAUUCUACGAUCGGCAGAAUUUGCUCCACUGAUUGUACUUCUUGUCCCGCCACCCUUGAAUCGUUUGCUGAGCCAGGAUGGUCAACGUGAGAACUUGGUAAGCUUAACUUCAAGUUUAUUUAACACGAAUUAUCAUUUCAUUUGCGUCUCCUUUUGA